GGGACUUGGUGUUGCAUGUCCCCACCAGCUGUACGGAAAUGGCUCUUCUAAGAUCAACAAUAUUGCAACGAGGUCGUACAAUGCUGACUGCUUUUUAUCGUCGUUUGGGGUCAAAUUAUAAGGAUCCUGGUAGGAUCUCUUGUGUGGACAUGACCGACAGUGGUCUGCUGAUCCAGUUGAACGUGAAUGGGUCUGAAAAAACGCACAAGUUGCCGUAUGUUUACUUACGCGACAACAGUCAGAAUCCUGACUUACUGACUCAUUCUCGUCAAGAUCGUCAUCUGUUUGAUGCUAAUAUUCAGGCAACGAAUGUACAGACCAGUGAUCAUGGACAACAGUUGAUUAUAACUUGGCCAGACGAACGUGUGUCGUACUAUCCGUUGAGUUGGUUAUUGCAGCAUCUUUCGGGAAGUAGCACGAUCUCUGGUCGUUUGCCAGUGGAACGUGAGUUGUGGACCAACAACUCAUUCGAGUCAACUUUGAUGAAGUAUGACUUUGAUGAUUUGAUGUCAAGUGACUCUAGGCUACUGGACUGUCUGAUAAAGUUGGAGUCGUGCGGGAUUAUACUAGUUGAAAACGCUGGUUUGGAGCCAAGACGUGCAUUGUCUCUCUCUGAUCGAAUUGCAUACCCAAAACCGGUGGUUUAUGGGUAUGAUGUGAUGAAAUUAGAAGUGAAACCAAAUGCCAGUAGUUUAGCCUACACAAAUGUUCAGAUUCCUUUACACACUGACAUGCCUUACUGUGAAUAUGUUCCUGGGAUUCUGUUUCUUCACUGCAUUCAUCAGGUGAAAGGUGACGGCGGACGAACCAUGUGCAGUGAUGGAUUUCAUGUUGCUGAGGAGUUGAGGAUAAGAAGUCCAAGUGCUUUUGAGAUGCUCAGUCGCUAUCCAAUACAAUUUGGAGAUGCCGCAGAUGAUUAUGUUGGGCACAACAUAGAUGCAAUGCAGAAGCCUAUCCGUCUUGAUUGUAUGGGUGACAUCGUUGCUAUUCGUCACAACAAUGGAGUUCGUGGUUCUCGUUUUCCCAGUGAACUGAUGGACAGACUGUAUGAUUGGUAUGAUGCCUACUACAAGUUCUCACACCUCAUGUAUGAUCCCAAAUAUCUUGUGGAGUUCAAAUUGCAACCUGGCCAGAUAGCCAUGUUUGAUAACACACGAAUUUUACACGGACGAUCCAGAUUUGAUUUGGGGGAAGGUGUGUAUCGUUACUUAGAAGAAGUCUAUCUAGAUUGGGAUGAAGCUCGAUCUAAAGCCAGGGUCAUCAUGGGCAAGAAUAACUGAGAAAUUCUCUAAAAUUACUUAUACUUUGUAUACUUUUACAUGGAGGCAGGCUAUUGAUUUUUAUAUUUAUUACUAUGUAUUAAUAACUUUUGUCAUAUCGUUGGCUAUCGAAUCAAAGGUGGGCCAUGGUGUCAUAAUGAGGAAC